AAAAUUGUCAUCACUGAAAAAAUAUAUAAGUUCUUGCAGGUGUUGAAUUUUGUUCAAAUUUCUUAUAAAAAGAAAUAAAAUUAACUUAAGCUUAUUUAUCCCAAGAAAUAAGUUAGAAAAAUGGCACAAAUGGAUAUGGAAUUGAAGAAGGCCUUCACCGAGAUGCAGAUUAACAAAUUGGAAACCACAAAAAAGAUCAAUAUGAUUGAUAUGAAAUGCGAUAUGGUUAAGACUGGCAAACAUAAAUAUCAACUAACGGAAAAGGGCACCAGUGAUUUAUCCGAUGAUACAAGGGUCUAUUUGUCCGUGGGGCGUAUGUUCCUGCUGACCGAUGUACAAAAUAUGCGUGAUGAACUGAAAGUCAAGAAGGAGAAAUGCGACAAUGCCAUCGAAUUACUUGAAAAGAAGAAGGAAUUUCUGCAAAAAUCACUAAAAGAUCAAGAAGAUGGCCUACGUGAAUUAGUCCAACAACGCAAAGCGACGGAUUCCAGCGCAAAAUAGAGUUCAUUUUAUCCACACACACACAUUUUUUGCUUUAUUUAUUUUCACAAAUUGUAUAAUUGUCUAAAUUAAAGUUGGCAUAACUAACGAA